ACAACCUUAACACUUAGUACAUUGUCAUAACAUUGUACUUAUAUCUAUACAUUGUGUUCAUAUAUAACUAACUUUUUUAGUUUUUGCAACCGUGAAUACAAUGGGGAGAAUUUUAAUGCAGUAUUUGACCUCGAAAACGGAACCUGUUGUAGCUAAUUUAAUAGAUUCUGAUUUCAAUGAACUCAAACUUGCAGCAACGAAACUUUUUAAUGAUGCGACUAUGUUAGGAGGCAAAGGUUUUGGCAUGUCUCUCCUUAGAUGGAUCGCUUCCUUUGCUGCUAUUUAUCUACUGGUUCUGGAUCGCACCAACUGGAGAAGCAAUAUGUUGACUUCAUUAUUAGUGCCUUACAUAUUCUUCAGUUUUCCUGGUUCUUUAUUUCACUUUUUCAGAGGAGAAGUUGGAAAAUGGAUUGCUUUCGUUGCGGUCGUGUUGAGGCUUUUCUUCAAUAAACAUUUUCCAGAUUGGAUGGAGAUGCCAGGAUCAAUGAUUCUUCUAGUGGUAGUAUCCCCAGACUUGUUUGCUCUAAAGUUUAGGAACAAUUGGAUUGGAGUGGCAAUUGAUCUUUUAAUUGGUUGUUACUUGCUACAAGAACAUGUGAGAGCUACAGGUGGAUUCAAAAAUUCUUUCACACAAAGACAUGGAAUAUCUAACACUCUUGGCAUUAUCUUCCUCAUAGUUUACCCAAUUUGGGCAUUGUUUAUCCAUUAA